GUGGCGACACAUUACAAAAAGCCCACGCCAGCACAGAAAACAAGAGUUACUGUGAGUUACUGUGGAGAAUCCCACGUAAGGGGAAACUUUUUGAGAAAAAGAAAAGGCGAAAGCUAUUCCCUCCUACAGACAAACUCGCAAAAGAUGGUGUUCCUUAUCAUGUUUUACGUACAGAUGUUAUUUUUCGAGCCUUCAGUUGGAGUAAAAGGUAAACCGAAACCUGUGGCCCUCUACCCAUUGAACGCUCUCCACGAGACUCGUGACAUCAGCGACAAUGAGCUUCCGCCUGGGAUAGCGUCUAACGUCACACUUGGCAAGGGGCCUGAUGGGAGAAUGGGCGGGUCGUAUUAUUUUAAGGGGACGUCCAGUAGCUACAUCGAGAUCCCUUACCACGAGAAGCUGAAUACGAGGUAUUCCAUGAGUGCAUUGGCUAUAUUUAAGUCCGAAGCCAUUGGUCCCAUCAUCAACUACUGUAGAAACCGCUUCACCUUUCAUAUCUGGGCUAUAAUUGGUUCAACUGUACUCGGUAGAAUCAAUAAAAGCGCUACCCCCUCUACUUUGCCUUAUCAAAUGGGCGUCUGGUAUUCCGUGGCAUUCGUGUACGAUUACGAAACGGGGACACAAAGGCUGUAUCUGAACGGGGUGAAAGCGGCCGAGGGUACUCCUGGGAAGCAAGAACUUGGAACAAACCGCGAGAUACGUAUGGGGGCCGUAGUCCAUGACCCUAGAUACUUCCGUGGGUACAUCACGUGUCUUCAGAUCUACGAUCAGGCUCUCUCCCAGGAGGAAAUCAAACAAGUCAUGCACGCGUGUACACAAGUUCCCCAAAUCAAGGACACGUUAUUUGAACUAAAGCCCGGUUACUAUUUCGAGAAUCACGUGUUCUAUGAAGAAUCCUUCGUGCCCUUCCCCACACACUGCGUGGGUUACUGCCUCAUUGCCGGUAAAAUAUGCAAGUCGGUGAAUUAUAACAAGGCUCAAGCCGACGGAUUGUGCCAGCUCAACAACGCCACAGCCUCGGAAAAUGCAAAGAAGAUGUCGCCGAACGACAAGGCCUGGGAAUAUUACGAGCUAGUUGCACUUACGGUAGUGUAGAAUGACUCCUGACUCGGCUAGACAGCCCUCACCCCUCCUCUCUGAACAGACUGCGCUGUACACGAGACAACAGAGACCUUACGCAUGGACGACGGCGACGGCACCAAGAACGGCGCUCGUGCAUAUUCAAAAACGACCGUUGUCGUUUGCUGACGGCGCGCAUAAAACGUAAAAAUAGGAAAAUGGCGAUCGCGGACGACAACGCCGUUUUUUUUAGCAAUUCGUGAGUCCGCGCGCCGUUCUUGAUGCCGUCAUCGACGUCUUUGCGUUAGGUCCCUAUUAUGAAACUAGUCGAGUUUUAAAUUCAACUGAGCCCCUAGGCCUAUCCACUAAGGACGCAAAAAUACAGUGCAAGCGUCGUUUCCAAAUGAACCGCUUUGAAUAACUGCGAAACCAUGAAUGGAUUCAUCAAUUUUUGUACUGUAUGAUUCCAAGUUCAAGGGCAUUUUUACUGACAUGCGCAUCAAGUCUGCUUCAAACCGAGGCUUUAUACAUGCGUCCUUAGUCCGUCGGUCCAGCGGGUAUUAGUGGAAGAAGCCCAAAUAUAAGGAAGACUAAAAGGCCAUAUUUUCGUCUAAGAAUUAAACGUCGUUGUUGAUAAUCCAAUAAGAGGGAUGUAUCAAUUAGCAAAGAGGAUAAGGGGUGGUACAGGGUAGUUCACCAAAAUUAGUUGUAGAGAAUAGAUGGGGAAUUAGGCUAACACAUCACGCGCUGUUGUAAAUAUAAAAACUAGUUUAGUAGUUACAGGCCCCUCUUGGCUCUAAAAAUUGAUAAUACUAGUACCAGCUUAUUUCAAAAUCAGCCAAUCAGACCUUACAGGGUCGUAGCAGGAGGUGGGGCACUGGGGGCACGUGCCCUCCCAAUAUUAGAAAAUAUGUAUAAGGAAAUGACCAGUACGGGAAUGGCUGUACCCCCCCCCCCCCCCCAGGGGGGGGGGGGAGCGUGGCCCUCCACCCACAAUAUUUCGAGGCUUAUUAUCAGGAAUAAUAUGUACCAAGGCGGCUGUCAAGUACCAGAAGGGCUGCCCCUUCUACUUUAUUGCACACCGUUUGGUUCACAUGCGAGAUAGGGCGCCAGUAGGGGCAGGGUUUUCCGUACCUUCCGUGUAGGGAAAUAGGAUACUAGGGACAAUUUUACCCAUGUGAACGCAUUAUGUGGAGAUAGCCUUACCUAGGGGAGCUAAGAUUGGGUUGUUGAUCAAUCUGGCUUGAUAGUGACCACCCUAAAAGUUUGCCCACCCUCUGCCAGGGAUAGUGAAAAAGUUCAAGUAAACUGGUGGUAUCCCUGUCCUUACUGGGUGUGCGCCCAUAGGGGUAGGGGUAGAGGCACCGUAUUCCCAUGUUAACGUGGUCUUAUAUUGACCAGUAGGUGACUUGCACGAAGAGAUCACGUGACUUUAUUGGUGUAACCUCGCCCGACUUUUGGCGCUUAGGAAUAAGCCAGAAAGUUUCUUUGUCCAGAAGGGCUUAUUUCCAUUUGUGUGCUUAUUUUGACAGUGAGUUUGCCACUCGAAAUGUCGCGUGAUUCGUAGAUGAAACAUGUUUUAAACGGGCAAUUGCACAAUUGUAAAUACCAUUAGACGGUGAAGGUGUUGUUAGCGAGUGCAGGCUACCAAAAUAAGGAAAGUUGAUAAGGGACCGAUUUUAUUUCAUAUCUGAGGGGAGGUAAACAGACCAGCUACCUGGUUCGAUUUUCUCUCUUUGGCUUGCUACCUACCUGUCAGAUAUCAAAUGAUCCGUCCCUAAACCAAUGGUCGGGGUGGGAGGGGGGCGGAUAUAAGUAUGGGCUAGCGCUCUCCAAGGCUCUCCCUCAAUUUUCAAAUAUUUGGCUAUAUAUAAGAAAAUCCAGGGAGAUGACAAUGAAUCCGGCUCCCUUUACUUGAAACCCUUGCUUCGCCCUCCCCCGCACAACCCUGGAUCUGUCCCUGAUGGGUAAAUGUAUGUACCAAGUUCUUUAAAAAUUCUGGAAGAUCGAGAAUAAAAUAUUUGCACUUCAA